AUGGAGGGAUUAGCCCAGUUUGUGUCCAAAUCAUUUGAAGAAUGUAAAGACAGUGUGAAGAAAGACACACAGUCAUUGUUACAUGAGGCGUCUUCUCCUUCAAACGCUGAAGUAGACGUGAAAAUCAACGUCACGUGCUUAGGAAGUGACGUCGAACGAUGCAGCGACGAUGACGAUGAUGACGUUGACACGAAAAUUUCUCUUCAUGAACAAAACGGACUGAAUUCAAAUGCCUCAAAUUCAGAUACGAAAGACUCGCCUGACAAGGAGGACGCAGACUCGCCCAAGGUGAAACAGCGCCGCAGUAGAACGAACUUCACCCUGGAGCAGUUGAACGAGCUGGAACGACUCUUUGACGAGACGCACUACCCUGACGCGUUCAUGAGGGAGGAGCUGAGUCAGAGACUGGGGUUAUCAGAGGCCAGGGUUCAGGUUUGGUUUCAAAACAGACGUGCGAAGUGUAGAAAACACGAGAGUCAAAUGCAGAAAGCAGGACUGAUGAUCCACUCCCAAGGCACGCCGCUAGACCCGUGCAGAGUGGUGCCAUUUGCCGCCGUGUCUCCGGUCCGGGAACCCCUUGAUCGUCUGCCCUACCCACCGUUCUACCCGUUUUUCCCUAUGCAUCCAGCUGUGGCCGCCGCCGCCGCCGCCGCCUCGGCCGCCGCUUCCGCCUCUCAACAACACAUACAUCCCAUGCUCCUCUAUCACCAUCAUCUGGCAGCCUUGAACUACACGUCACUUCCGGACAGCAGUUUCCGGUCUACCAAAAACACCAGCAUUGCCGAUCUGAGACUGAAAGCGAGGCAGCAUCUUGCUAGUUUAGGAAUUUAA